UUUGUUUUGUAGAUAUAUUCCCAGAUAUAUAGAAAGUAUGUUAAUCUAUUUGUAUAACUGCAACUGCUGCUAAAAAUAUUUAUCUUGGCAUUUGAAGCAAAAUUUUGAAUCAAUGAAUCAGAUCUUCAAUACAACAGAAUGGAUGGAAAUCCAAACAGCGAAGAUGUUGUGAACAAGUUCAAGUCUGAUGGUAUAUUAAAUCCAUUUCUGGAUGACAAUUUUGAUGUGCAAUCAUACACAACUGAAGUGAUCCAAAGUGCUGCUAUAUCUCAACGUCUUGCCCAACUCGUGGAUGGAAUAAGUAUCCUUGACAAAGAGCUACAAUCACAGAUUGCGACAAGGCAUGAAGAUCUUUUGGCUCAAGCAACUGGUAUUGAAUCUUUGGAAGGAGUUUUGAAUAUGAUGCAAACUAGGAUCCUAUCUUUGCAAUCAGCUGUUGACAGGAUCAGAGGUAAAGUUGUUGAACCGUACAAUAAAAUUCGUACCAGGACUUUGCAACUUGGAAGAUUGCAGGCUGCAUGCGACCUUCUUCGAAGAAUAAUCAGAAUAUUAUAUUUAUCGAAACGAUUGCAAGCUCAGUUACAAGGUGGAAUUCGAGAAAUCACAAAAGCUGCUCAGAGUCUGAAUGAAUUGGAUUAUCUAUCUCAAGGUGUAGAUCUGACUGGUGUUGACAUAAUAUCAGGAGAUCUUCUUUUUGCGAAAAGAGCACGAAAUGAAAUUGAAAGUCAGACAUCUCGUCUUUUAGAGCAAGGUGUACUCGCUCAAAAUCCAUCUCAAAUUGCCACAGCUCUCCAAGCUUUUUAUAACUUGGGAGAUCUGUACAACCCGCUGCGUAAAACGACAGAUGAUUUGAUAUCAUCACUUCAAUCUCAAAUAAGAAGAGCUCUUGAUCCAAAAAUAAUAUCUAACGCUGUCAAUAAUAUAUCUACCAAGACAUCUGGUUCAAAUUUAAGCCAUUCUAAAGGUCCCGGUAAAGCUGCUGGUAUGCCUACACCUGGAGAUACUCCAGCAUUCAGAACCUUGCUAUGGAAUAAUAUGGAAGAAGUUAUGGAAAAUGUUUAUCUUGCUAGUACUCAGAUCAUCAAUCUUCAGAAAGUUUUAUCGAAAAAACGAGAUCCAGUUACUCAUCACAGAUUCAUUGAUGAACUCAGUAAAGAAGGGAAAAGCACUCAAUUUGCAAGAUUGUUCUGGCAAAACAUGUCUCGAUGCAUCGAUGAAGAAUUAAAACAUGCUGUUAAAUCAUCAUCGUUUAUACAGCAAGCAUUUGAAGGAGAAUAUCCAAAAUUAAUGAGACUGUAUAAUAACCUUUGGUGCAAAGUUCUACCAUUUUGUGAAGCUUUGGAGGGCAAAGUUGAAGCUUUUAAAGACGCAACUUCGUUUGCCCCGCAAGAUAUUGAAAUACCAUCCGAUACAUCAUCAAAACCGAAAGAAACUAAUUUCAAUCCUGAACUGGCUUUGAAACAAUCACUUCGUUCAUUUGAAACUGCGUAUUUGCAACGAUCGUUAUCAAGACUGUUUGAUCCUGUCAACUUAGUUUUUCCUCCUGGUGCUAAGAAUCCUCCAUCAGAUGAAGAAGUUGAUGCAAUCAUAAAAACAAUAUCAAGUGAGAUCAGCGUAUCAAGUGUUGAUGCAGGACUGAGUAUAACAGUGGCACGAAACGUUGCAAAAACUGUCAAAUUCUUUGCCGUGAAAUCGGAACAACUGUUAUCAACUCAAGGUGAAGCAAGUCAAGUAAUAGGACCACCGAAUUUAAAUCAAAGAUGCAAUGCCAAUGUCAUCAAUUCACUCUACAGAUUGCAGAAAUCUUUAUCAAAGGUAUUUGCUGAACAUCCUGAUUAUUCACCAGAAGCCAUUGAAAUUGUCCAGGAAUCAUUGGUAGUUUUAACAAUUUUAAUGUCAAAUGGUAUCAGACCAUUGUUAUCAUCCAUGGCUGAUUCAGUAGAAGCAAUCAUACUUACUAUUCACAAUGAAGAUUUUUCAAGGGGGAAUCCAGAACCUGGUGAAAAUGUUCUUUGUUCUCUUUAUAUGAAAGAGCUUCAAGAUUUCAUCAGUAGAGUUGUUAAAGAUCACUUAGCGUUGUUCAAGUGUAAGGAUUUUGUUAUUGAAAGUUUAAUUCCUCUCGGUCAAAGAGCUUUGACUUUAUUUGUUCGACAUGCUACUCUUGUGCGACCUCUGGGGGAAGGUGGGAAAGUAAUUUUGGCUGCUGAUUUUGCUCAGAUGGAAUUAGCAGUAACCCCAUUGUGUCGACGAAUGAGUGAACUUGGAGCUCCAUACAGAAUACUACGUGCUUUCAGACCUUUGCUAUUUGUCACCGAUGCUGGGAUUUCUGAGAGUCCUUCUGUUGGAGAAGUGAUUCCUUACAGUACCGUUAUUCAUUAUUUGUUCUCGAGAGCACCAGACGAAUUUCGUUCUUCUCAUAAGGUUAUGGAUUGGUCUCUUAGUAGAUACAGUAAAUGGAUGGAUGAACAUAAAACUGAAAAAGAAAGAUUGAAUAUGUUACGAGGAACAAUAGAACAUUACGUUAAUUCAGUUAAAUCUAGACAAGGCACCGAAUUUGCUGCAAUAUACCCUAUAAUGCUAGGACUUUUACAGAAGGGAAUGGAAAAGAAUAGCUGAAAUGUAGAUAAAUCGGGCCAUGUUCACAACACGACGUAAGUACCCCUAGUUGGCGUGGCAUAACCAUUUUUGCAUAUGUUAUUCCCAACCCCCACCUGACUACAUCAUUUUAAAAUUACACCACUACGACGUCACAGUAACGUAAUAAGGUCCCCCCAAACUAUACUGACUGUCGUCUUAGACGUGCAGACGAUCACCCGAAAUCCUGCAAGCUAUUUUUCUCGUUUUCUCGUAACAAUCCCGAUAUGACAGAGAUUGCUUACGUUAGUGAGUUCGUUAUCGUUGGCGAAGAUGCCAUUUCGGGCGAUCAUAGUUAUACUUUAGCAAGCUGUUUGACGUGAUUGUGAGGUCGUAGUGACGUAAUCUUUGGAAGAGGGAGUCAGGUGGGGGUUCAGAAUAACAUAUGCAAAAAGGGUUGUGCCAUGCCAAAUAGAAGUACUUACGUCGUUUAGUGAACAUGCGUCGAAAAAUCUACCGGGUCAGAAAUCGGUGUUUGCACAUCCUAUGAUUUCUGUUACUGUAAUCAUAUGUUUUACUUCAUUUCCUUGCUUAUGAGGUAUAUUUCGGUGUAAAUUCAAAAAGUGUUAUUACCAUGAUGACCUAGAAUUUCCUAAUAUUGUUUACAUGUGAAAGCUAUGUGACGUGCUCAAAUGCUGAAACUAUAGUGGCUAAAUAUUUCUUGGUUUAGAAAGUUAGUUACAUAGUAUCAUCUUUUUUAUGUUUACCCCUUGAAAUAUAUAUACAAUAAAAUAGUUAUUCAUCUAACACAGUAAUUGUCAUCUGCACAUAAUAACACACAGUCUGAGUCUCAGAUAACCUUGACCCCCUGGAAAAUUGAUUUAAUGCAAUGUAUUCAGCUAUUAAUAGUCAAACUUCAUCAGUAUUCACUGUUACCCUCGUACCGCGAUUGUAAGAGAAUUGGGCCAAUAUGUCUGAUUGCAGAUAACUAUUCAGACUCUCAUAAACAGUUCCAAAAUUUAAAUUCAAGUGGAACCAAAAGCUCGCAUUUUAAGAAGUCAAUAUAUCGCAUGCUAUUGUCUUCAAGGUUAGUAAAUAUAUUUUCUGCUUGCUCCCUCUGAUCCCACGAAUCCGUUUACAUCGAUAAGAUUCUAUCUUGUGAUACGUUUGUUAGUCGAAAGGAUUUUUGGACACAAAUUGACCUACAGAUCAUUUUGCUAAAUUAUUGUUGCUGUUAUUCUUCUUGAUGUUGGGGAAGAAAUUUCUUUCACAAAUCUUUGUCCAAUCGGUUCCAAAUUUAUUUAUUUCCUCCCGUCAACCGCCUUCGAAUUAAACACCCAUCUAUCAUUUUGGCCUAUUUCUGUGCUCUUAAAGUUUACUGUAGCAAUCUGCGAGUGUCCAUAUCUUUGAGCGUUGCUCUCUAGUUUUCUUACAAGUUAUACUAAUAUUGGAAUGAUAAAUUUAUUGAAAUAAUAUUGAAGCUUAGGAACAUAUGCAUAACUAUAGCAGGUGGCGAUAUUAAUAGUCAGUUUAAAAUGCAAUAUAUAUGUAAUUUACAAUAUUUCCAAUGAUGUUGGUGCUUUAUAUUAUGUAUCAUGGUAAAAUAAAAAAACAAUUGCUUUCUGGUAAAUUGUUUAAAGAACCGG